AUGGCACACAGAGUAGCAGGAGGCGUAGCAUAUCGCUCAUCAGGUCCACCAAAAGCGCCGACAGACCCGGUCGAAUACGAACAGAAGAUCUACCAACGAGGUCUUCAGUAUGAGCGGCCAAGUCUUUCGUUCCAACCGCAUCGUUGGGAGGAAGAGGCUGCGCAGCGUAUGAGCGCAGAGACGAAAGGCUAUGUGAUGGGAAACGCCGGCCAAGGCGAAACACAGCAGAAGAACAAAAAGGCUUUCGCGAAGUGGUCCAUCGUGCCUAAGCGUCUGGUCAAGACGACGAAACUGCCGGAUCUGUCGACCACAGUACUGGGCACGAAGCAGCCAUUUCCUAUCGCAGUAGCUCCAGUCGGUGUACAGCAAAUUAUGAACCCGGACGGGGAGGUGGCCUCCGCUCGAGCCGCAGCUCAAGAGGGUGUGCCGUAUAUCAUGUCAACAGCAUCUUCUACGAGCAUCGAAGAUGUAGCAAAAGCCAACGGCGAUGGCGUCCGAUGGUUUCAGCUCUACUGGCCCAGCCAGGAUAAGAAAGACAUUACCAUCUCUAUGCUCUCCCGAGCCAAGAGCUCGGGCUUCUCUGCACUAUUCGUCACUCUCGAUACUUAUAUCCUCGGCUGGCGACCUUCUGAUAUGGACAAUGGGUACAACCCAUUCUUGCGAUCAGACUCGGUCGGUGUCGCCAUUGGCUUCUCAGAUCCAGUCUUUCGCUCACAGUUCAAGUCUCAACAUGGCGUUGAGGUUGAGGAGGAUCUUCACACUGCAGCCGCUGAAUGGACCAAGACCAUCUUUCCGGGCUUUAGUCAUGCAUGGGAAGAUAUCGCUUUUCUCAAAGAGCACUGGGAUGGUCCGAUUGUGCUCAAGGGCAUUCAGACGGUGGAAGAUGCACUCAAAGCUGUCGAAGUGGGUGUGCAAGGUAUUGUGGUGUCUAACCAUGGCGGAAGGCAGGUUGACGGUGGAGUGUCUUCUCUCGGGGUAUUACCUCGAAUUGUGGAUGCUGCGGGCGAUAAGAUCGAUAUAUUCUUCGAUUCUGGGAUCCGAUGCGGUGCCGAUAUUGCAAAGGCAUUGGCAUUGGGUGCAAAAUCAUGUCUGAUUGGCAGGCCAUUUGUAUAUGGCCUGGCUCUUGGGGGCGAAGAGGGCGUCAGUCAUGUGCUGAAGUCAUUAUUGGGAGAUCUGGAGCUCACUCUUCACUUGGCUGGCAUCGAAAGUUCCAGUCCAGAACACUUAAAUCGGAAGGUGUUAAUUCGAGAGGACCAGCUGUGA